AUGGUGGAUCAUUUUGCAAUAUUGCCGGAAGGCUGCGUGUGGGAGAUUUUGUCACUAACGUCGGCUUUGGAUGCGUUAAGGUCAUCAACAACAUCCAAAGCAUUCAGAUCCGCAGCUGAAUCAAACUAUGUUUGGGAGAGAUUUUUGCCCCUCAAUUGGCGGGAAAUGGUGUCCAAGUCAGCUGCUCCGGUCGAGUAUGCUACCAUUAAAGACCUUUAUUUUACCCUCUGUCGCAAUCCUAUUCUCAUUCAUGGAGGCAACAUGAGUUUGUCUCUGGACAAAAGAAACGCAAAGAAAUGCAUUAUGAUUGGAGCAAGGGAACUUCAAAUUUCUUGGAAAGGCUGUUGGGACUUCACAUCACACGCCAAAUCCAGAUUUUUAGAGGUGGCAAAGCUAAGAUCUCCAAGUUGGAUUCAUAUUCAAGGCAAAGUCAAUACUGAAAUGCUAUCCGAAAACACUACUUAUGCAGCAUACUUGGUGUUUUGGCUUGAGAAAAUGGACGGCCUCAGAUCAUCCGACACCGUAGUAAGAAUUCUCAACGAUAAGUCGAAACACAAGCAGCACAAUGAACAUUUUGAAUCACGAGAAGCUGGAAAAAUUGCACGGACGAGAAAAGAUGGAUGGAUGGAAAUAGAAAUGGGUAAGUUCCAGAAUGGAAGUGGAGAUCAUGGCAUAGUCGAGGCAUGGUUGAUCGAGAUCCAUAACCCACACAGUAAGUCAGGGCUCAUUGUUGAAGGCAUUGAGUUUCGACCUUCCCAUGGGCUGCUCUAUUUGGUCUCUGUAGUUCCUUUUGGCGAGGGAUAG